AUGUCGGAACUGCGAUACACGGCAGCUUCGCAGCUGGAGCAUCUGCACAGCAGGUACACCGGCACCAUCAACGCCGACACUGAGAAAUACGAAUGGAUCACACAUCAGCUGCGAGACACUAGCUCGUCGAUUGUUGGACAUCCUCCACUGCUCUCGUACCAGGCUCUCGCCGAUGGAGAGUGCAAGGCUCGCGUCAAGUUUGAACUGACCGAGAAGAUGUUGCAGCCCUGUGGACCGCCUCCGCACAAGGAAGACGACUGA